AAAGUUUUUAGUUUCCUAAGAACACCCAUGAUGUCAUCCAUACUUGCAACAAUCAAAAUUGCACAUGAAGAUAAAGAAUGAGAAAAUAGUAUUGUUUUACAAUAUUGUGAGCUUUGAACCUAGAAACAUCAAGACAGAGAAGCUGUAGAUAAAAGAGGUUUCCUUCAAACUUAACCAAUUUGAGGUUUUGGCAAAUCUAUUGGCUCAGUUUGAAACAACUUCUCAUUUCUGAAGUUGCUUCUCUUUCUUGAGGUUUCUAAUUUAAAGGCUCACAAUAUAAUAGUAUAAUAAUGUUAUUUCUGAAAUCUGAGAAAUUUCCCAGAAAACUGAUUUAUUUUGAUAAACUCUGCUCUGGGCGUUGUCUGGAACAGCCUUUUCCAAGUAAGUGAAAGGGUUUUUUCCAACUAACUAACCAGGAAACAUUCCACUGUCACAAGGAACCGUGAGCUUCAAUAGCACUAUGUUUUAUCAGAAACCAAUCCCAUGUCUACUCAUUCUGCAGAAUGAUAACCAUCCUCACAUUCUCCCUAUAUAAGACUCGGAUAAGCAGGCAGAUUUCACUCAUUUAUGAGCAACGAAGAGCAAGCAGAUGGCAAGCAAAACUGCAAGCGCAGGCAGCAAAAGGCCCAGAGAUCCCUCUACUCAGGGUUUAAAAGUCAAGUUUUUGAUCAAUAUACCUCUGAAGGUGGAUUCAGAGGAUGAGGCACAGAAGACGUGUGGUUAUCUACUCAACGCUCUAAUUGCAGGCUUUAGGGAAGAGGAUACGAAAGGCAAAGAGGGGCUUGAAGACAUAGCUGUGAUUUUUGGCAUGAAUGGAAAACACACCCCAGAGCUAGUUCUUGUCCUGAAGAAGCUCGAGAUCUUGAAGUACAAAUGUAAAGUCAAGCAUCUUAUAAUCACGUACACCUGGGGAAGCGGUGGAACGAUAGCACAACAUGCGACUGAGCCACCGUACCAGGAUAUUCGAGAGCAUCUGAAAAACAAUCCUGCUACAACAAAACUUGUGGAGGAGUUGAGGGGGAACGAUCAAAGUUGUCUGGUUUACUUCAGUUUCGUUGAUAGUGACACUUUAAACUUCAACUUCAUCUACAGUGAAUACUUGCAAAUUGUGAGAGAGGAGUGUAAAAAAGACAAAAUCCCACCGACCGUGAUGUCGACUGGUUACGAGUUCCACAGAGGCAGUGAUCUUCACAUUGCGAGUUGGCUGGACCGCAUGGUUCGUAUAGCCGUGGCAGAGGUGGAUCCCCUCUUUGUGUACUACCCAGAACCUAACUUCUGCGUUCUAGUGCGUGACAAUCUCAACGCCAUAGAGGAGAGUUUCAUUGACAGAAGAAGAAAGAAAAUGGAGUCAGCCGUUCUGAUGAGCCGGGUCAAGAAACGUGACCAUUUCAAAGCGGUGUUUUCUGACAGAAACCCCAUCAUCAUCAUUGCUCCGGACAGAUUUAAUCUAAGUGGUAACGGCCUGAUAACCGGACAGUCAACUCUGAUUGGGAGGAAUUUGGCAAUAGGUGCGAACUGUAAUAAGGUGCUCACACAUGAAAGCACAAUGAAAGGGAUUGCUGGAAAAAACAGAGGGUUCAUCAUUCGGUUAUUUAACUGUAAAAGCGAUAAGGAAUUCGAAGAGAUGAGUAAGGAAAAUCCAUUCAACAAAGACGGAAAAGACGCCACAAUACUAAUCAAUGCUAUUAGAGAAGCAAGAGAAUACAAAAACUUUGUUUAUGACUUUGACAAGAAACUCCCUGAAGAUAAUUAAAGUCCAUUUAAAUCUGAGUAGCGUGCCGCGGACCUUUUCUGAUUGCAAAAUGAUCCACGUAAAUUACAGACAACUGCUGGUUUUUAUGUUCGAUGCAUCUAUACUGUACACUUAUGUGACUUUAAACAUUUAAAUUACAUGGUUAAUGUUGAUUUAUUAUCUAAUCUAACAACAUAGUUUACUCCAUACUGAAAUCAUAACAUAAACUCACUAACAGUACAAUGUGAAAUAAUAUUCACAUGUUGGCUUUGAGACUGGAUUUAGCUGUAAUUUAAAUCUAAAUCAUUCCCCUCUUUAUCCAUGUCAUUGUUAUAGUUUAGUACAGUACAGUAAGAUCACUGAUAAAAAUACAGAGGAGUAAUCAUUUUAAACUUUAACCUGAAUACUCUUUAGGUGGAUUUUGCAUGUAAUUAUUUUAUAUUUAAUAAUCACUAGUGUGCAUGCUAACAUGAAACAGUUCACUUAUUUUACUCCAUGUUUUUGACUGUGAAUCGUAAUCAGGAAAAGUCACAAUAAUUAGGGCCUGUUUUAUGUAAAUAAUAUGCAAAUGUAUGCAAAUGAAGAUACAUUUUGAUGUUGUUUUCAUGGACUGUACUCCCCAUGAUCCUCCCUGGCACUUAGUAUAGGAAAUUAUGAUCCGCACUCAGGAGAACAGGAUACUUUUUGCGUUUUAUUUUAUAUUCAUCACUGAUCCGAAACGUUUGUGCCUUUUCCUUUAAAGACUUACUCGCUGAUCUAUCUGAUCUGAUUCUGAAAGAUUUUUCCCCUUUGAAAUCAAUUUCUUCAGGGCUUAAAAUAUUCUAGCUUGAAUGUAACUUUACACCCUUCCUUAAUUUAGUAUACACAGAUCUGUGAUGUGUUUUAUGUGUUGUUCUCUACAACGUCAGACACAUAUAUGAAUUGGUUUGGUUUGGUUAUACUGAAUGGUUUCAGCUCUCUGCCUUGUAAAC